AGAGAACAAGUUGACUGAAGAGGGGCAACGUAGACCCAAGUAGUGUGUAUCAGCUUCAGUCACUUUCCAACAGCUGCCCAAUGCGAGUGUGACGUGUCUGGCCUCCCGGAAUUGCUGUGUUUGUGAAGUGAAAUCCAAACAUUGCCAUCGAAGACCCACAAUCUCGGUGUUUUUGCAGCAGUUUCACGUACAAGUGUUACUGACAGGCAAAGAGUGGUCAAUUUAGUGGCAAUAUAGCGAGGAAAAAAGAGUGCUAUUUGAGUGAUUUAGCGCGCAAUUGGAAUCAUUGAUACUGUCAUCAGCAAUUAUGAGUGCUGUCGAUGAGAUAAUUGCAUUCAAGAAGAAUCCGGACGAGGAUUUCUAUGCUUUGCUGAACUGCGAUGAACAUUCAAGUGUGGAGCAAAUUCAGGCGGAAUACAAAGUUCUCGCUCUUCAGUACCAUCCAGAUAAAAAUAGUGGUGACAAGGAGGCUGAAGCGAAAUUUCAGCAAUUGAAGGAGGCGAAGGAAAUUCUCUGCGAUCCUGAAAAACGUGCCAAUUACGAUAAGUGGCGUCACAGUGGAAUCUCAAUCAGCUACAAGAAUUGGGUUGGCAUGAAGGAGCACGUCCACCAGUCAAUGCAUUGGUCCACACCCAAGACAAAGGACCGAAUGCUACCCGAUGGUGCUUCAGCAUCAAGUGGAUUGUCUGCUGGGGCUCCAAAUCCGGCGCACAGACGAGCUUCUGAGGGUGGUGCCGCCCUAUACUAUGGGAGCCGCAAACAAGAAUGGGGCUCUGAGAAUCCCAGUGAAGUGGUUAAUAAAUUCCGAAAUUAUGAAAUUUAAUUCAAUUCAAGCACAAUUUUAAAUCCAUUCACUCCCAUUGUUUAUUCUUUAUGUUGCUACUUCAUCAUAUAUCGGGCUAUUUUUUUUAUAUCACUCCAACCAUUCACUGUUGUUUCAAUAAAUUUAUUUAUAGUGGCUCAAAGCGCAAAAAAUCGCUAUGAGUCAAUAUAUUCAGAUGAGUGGAAAUCCUGUUCGAUAAAAACUUUUCCCCUCAAUGUUUCAACAGAUUCAUCUCUCCUUUUUAUGUGCUACCUAAUGGUGUUACCUACCACUUUCCCAUGUGGAUAGAUUACAAAGAUCCCACCUUUGUAGUUCAAUCCAUUUCCAUCUUUUAUGGACAGAGUGCCACAGAGCAUGCAAAAUGUUCAUAUUUGAUGUGAAAUAUGAAAAAUUUGAAAAGAAGAGGAAAAAAGGAUAUUUACAAGAAAAAAAUUCAACCUUUUCAUCUCAAAGGGAUGAAAGAAGAAAUACGGACAAUUAUGCUUCAUUUUUUUUGGUCCAAGAGUGUGUUGGCAAAAUGAAGAACUAAUAAUAUGAAGAACAUCAUUGCGGGGAUGAGAGAACUUCUGUCUAAGAACACAGAAGAAUAAAAAAAAAUUUCUCAGAAGGAGAAAAAAUAAAAUCAAGUAUUAUGUAUGCAAAUAUGAGAAAAUAAAAUAAAAAAUCAAGAGAUGACGUCAAUCAAAUCCAUAUAAUACUAUAUGAAUAGAAGAAACAUAUUUUAUGCUAGAUGUUUAGAGAGAAAUACAUAUUCUAUUAUAUAUCUAUCAUACUUGAUGUAUGGCUCUGAACCAAUUUUUGAAGAAUUAACAUAUUUUUUAUGUAAUGUGAAAUGAUAUAAAAAACGAUGUUAGGCAUUGAAUUGAUGCAAAGUAAGAAAAUCUAGGGGAUAGAAUGUAUUUUACUAUAAAUGUUCAGUAGAGACACUCUAAAAUUACAAACAUUGUAUUUCCAUUUUAUGAAUUUCGUAGAAUUUAGAAGACUGCUACAGAGAGAAGAAAACAUAUUGAUUGAAAUGAAACAAUAUAUUGUAUUGUUUCAAAAGGACAUGAAAGGAAAUCAUAAACUUAGAUGAAAACCUAAUGGUAAAAUUCAAGGUAAAAUCUUUGUGUUACUGUUGCUGUUAUCACCCAAAAAAAAAUUAAAACUCAUAUAUGAAUGUUUUCCGUAAAUAAAUAUCACACAACACCAUUAAAAAAAAAUAAAUGUUAAACGGUGGAGGCUAAAAUUAAGUAUAAUAAUGGACAAUGUUAAAGCCUCCAUUUGAAUCUGUUGCAUUAAAAUAAUAAAGUCACAUAAUGAUGAUUUCGUGGAAAUGAUAAAUAUUAUUAAUAAAACACAGUGAAUCCCCUUUAGUAAUAUUACAUGUUAUAGAGAGAAUAUUGACAUAUUCAUAGACAUUGAAGAGAAUUCAUCUCACUUGAGACAUAAUUAUAUGGAGAGAUGUUAAUGCUCAUAUAUUGCUGUUAUUCCAGAUAAAUAAAAGAAGAAUCUUGUAUGUGAACAUCACAUUAGACGUGACAAUCCUUAAGAUAUAAUCAAAAUAAUAUGAAAACACAAUUUUAUCAGUAUUACGAAAUACAUUUUGUGGCUCAAUUACCCUCCGCACUGGCCCACUUGGAAAAGUCCACAGGGUAUAUGUAUGUCCUUUUCCCAUAUUUUACUGUGAAAGAGCAAUGAGCUUAUCUUGCUAUAUAGAGAAAACCCUAAGGAAUUUAUUGUUUUUAUAGAUAUUUUACGUACGCACUUCUCCGGUAUUCCUCCAGAGAAAAAAAACUUCUUCUAAUCUUUCUCCUCAUCACAAACAAAAAAAAUCUUUUGGAGGAAAAAUAAAACAGAGAGUAUUUUUGAUGAACCCGUCAUUGACAUUUAUCCCCCAAGAAAAAAAAACAGAGAAAAUUGAUAACCUAAUAUAAAAUUGAUAACAAGCAUUUUAAGAUGCAACCUUCGUACAAGAAUCCAAUGGAAUUUAUUGUAUCACUGUACCUCAAAAUAAUAUAUAUACCAUUCAAUGUGAUAAUAUGGAUGUAUUUAAUGUUACAGAAGAAAAAAAUAAAUAAAAAAAAUAUUUUAAAUCA